AUGAUUACAGAAUGUGGGAAAAAUGCACAUGAGCCGCUUUUUGUGCUACGACAGCAUGAUAGCCCAGUUCUCUCGUGUUCAUUUUAUCCUUCGCCACAUAAUAAUGACGAAUCUAAACUUUUUAUUAGUGGGGACACCAGCGGAACAGUCAUUCUUUGGGAUUUGUCACUUCGGAGGCCGCUUUUGUCGUUUCAUUCAACAAAAUGCGCGAUAGAGCAGAAUUCUACUAAAGAGUUGUUCACUCUUUCAAUUGAAGGCGUUCUUGCCGUAGGAUUCUUUUGCCCCAGAAACAUUAGUAACAUGAAACCAAUGCAAAAUAACAAUGCCUAUAGUGGCUCACUUACAUAUCCGGGAGAACAAAGUGCUCUUUCCACGGAGGGAUCUUCUAGUUUUAGCAACAGCACUGUGAGUGUUUCCAGGCGUCCUCCACGCCGUCGUUUUCGCCUCUUUCAUGAUUCUAUUUAUCAAAAUACUAACAAUAUGAAGCAUUUGAAAACCGUAUAUAUUUAUAGCCAAUGCCGCAAUCAGCACCUCUACAUAUGGGAGUGCAAGCUAAACGACGAAAAAGUAUCUUUGCCAUUGAACAACACAACACCGCGUUUACUUCAUAUUGUACAAGUUCCGCAACAUGGUUUUUGCACUGUCGCAAGCUAUUAUGAAAGUAAUGGAUCUACCCUUCUUGCGGUGCCACAUGAUGCUCAGGGUAUCAUUUCUCUUUGGCGUGUUUCUGUCGUAUCGACAAUGAAUGGAAACGAGAGCACAAAGUGUCGAACACCUCAGGAGACCUUAGUCGAAGAUUGUUCUUCCACAAAUGACUGUACUUCAGUAGCAUCCCCCGAUACUGCAGCCAUAGGUCCUCAUGCCACAUUAGAUGCAUGUGAAAUAGCCAAACAAGGUUCGCAACACUGCACAUUGCCCCAAACAAGACUGUCAUUGGAUACUGUGCACUCAACCGGAUUUACUGAUGCUGCGAUAAACAGCCCCUUGCACCUUCACUUUCUCGGUAGUUUUUGCACAUGCAAAGGAUUUAAAGGUGGCACCAUUAUGCACAUCUAUAUCAAAGAUGAGCACGAUUUAAUUGUGUCAUUUGAGAGCGGUCAUGUUGUGCUGUGUCAGUAUCACGCACUUUUUUACGGAGCACAACAGGGCAACAGAGGAAUGAUACCAUGUAAGGAAGUUAGAGUUCCGCUGAAAAUUCUUGGCAUUGUUCGAGCUUUUCCAGAACCUUCCAUAUCGUGCUUGUAUCACGCACAUCGAGUCCUGGUCACUUCUGCUGAAGGCCGCGUUCAUUCCUAUCGUUUGAUUUAUCAAAAUCGAAAGAUAGUUGAGGAGGGCGAUAUUCAAGAUAACUGUCAUUGUAACGUAGCCGCACGCCUCAAGUCUCCAGAACAAAGUGAAUCUGUACAUUUCUUUACGGUGUGGCGGCGUAAAUUUAACAAGGGACUGGGUAGUGCAGUACUUCAAGAUGAUUUUGCUGUGUUGGGCUGCUGGGACCACAGUCUUCGAGUGCUCGAUGGACGCACUGGCAACGUUCUUUCUGCGCUACCUUUUCACACAGAAGCUGUCAACAGUGUUUGUAUUGCACCUUCUACUGUCGCGAUGGAAGCAUCCUUUGGAUUUGAUUCUCGUCAACCUUGGUGUUAUGAAUAUCAGCCUCGUAUAAAUAAUAAAAACUCUGAUGACUUGCAUGAAAAGAAUGCUGGAGUAUAUGUUUUUGCCUCAGCUAGUAAUGAUGGAUGUAUCGCGUUGUGGCGAGUUGAUUUUUUUGCAAUACUAAAGAAUCAAAAGGAAAUCAAAAGGGUUUCUUCAAAAUUAUCGGGGCAAAAAAAGGAUAUUUCAGAUACAGGUGAAAGUGGAUAA